AUGUCCUGUGCCAGCCUGUGCAUCCCUUCCUGUGGGGUGGCCGUCCCGGCCCCCGUGGCUGAUUCUUGCAAUGAGCCCUGUGUGCGCCAGUGCCCCGACUCCGUGGUGGUGAUCCAGCCCCCGGCCACGGUGGUCACCCACCCUGGACCCAUCCUCAGCUCCUUCCCACAGUCCAGCGUUGUUGGCUCGCUGGGAGCCCCUGCCGUUGCCGGGGGCUACGGUGGCUCUUUUGGAGGCCGUGGUGGUUUUGGAGGCUUUGGUGGCUCUGGGCUGUCCGGAGGCCUUGGGGGCUAUGGAGGCUAUGGAGGCUUUGGAGGCCAAGGGGGCUAUGGAGGCUUUGGAGGCUAUGGUCUUUCUGGGGGCUAUGGAGGCUUUGGGAGCUGUGGAUUCGGUGGCCUGAGCCGAGGCCACAGGUACCUCAGUGGCAACUGUGGGCCCUGCUAA